GAAGUUUGGCUCGCGGCUAGAGAAGAAAGUCUCGAAUCCAUAAUUUCCCAUUCACUUUCUCUCUCUAGAAAACCCUCUUUCUCUCUUUAUCUCUCCUAAAAAAGGCAAAAGCCCCCUUAGCGUAAAUCUUCCCCUUCCAUGGCGAACAGCAAUCUCCCUCGCAGAAUUAUCAAGGAAACUCAGCGCUUACUCAGCGAACCAGCUCCGGGGAUAAGCGCAUCGCCAUCGGAAGAUAACAUGCGGUAUUUUAAUGUCAUGAUCCUUGGUCCAACACAGUCUCCUUACGAAGGAGGAGUUUUCAAACUGGAGUUAUUUCUGCCAGAAGAAUAUCCAAUGGCUGCUCCCAAGGUUCGGUUUCUUACAAAAAUUUACCAUCCUAACAUUGACAAGCUUGGUAGGAUUUGUCUUGAUAUCCUCAAAGACAAAUGGAGCCCUGCUCUUCAGAUUCGCACUGUACUCUUGAGCAUUCAAGCUCUUCUAAGUGCUCCAAACCCUGAUGAUCCUCUUUCUGAGAACAUAGCAAAGCACUGGAAAUCUAAUGAAGCUGAAGCUGUUGAAACAGCAAAGGAAUGGACCCGUUUGUAUGCGAGUGGUGCGUAACCGAGAUGUGGAAGACGAGUGUUGGUCAGAAUGAAAGAAAUAACAAUGUACUUGGUUAGGUCUUGAGAUUGAAAACUUGAAUGAUUCCGCUGAAUGAACGAUCAAUGUUGUUCACUUCCUUCAUACCGUUGUAUUUUUUUCGAUAAGUAACUCUCCAUUUCCUAAUUUGUUUUGUGAAACAUCUAUAGCGGUAGUAUUAUGGGGUAAAAGUAGCAGCAGCAUCUUAUGUUUUUAGAGACUUCA